AUGAAAACAGCAGAGAGGCGGCAGGAAAAAUCCCCAGCUCAUGGUCGUAAUAAUUUAAAGUUCAUUAAAAAUUGUCCAAAAUGUUCAAACACUCAAAAGUGUCCUCGUUUGUUAUUUAAACAAAUUAAAAUUUGCGAAAAUCAUCCAAAAAUGUUUAUUCGCCAAAUGUUUUGUUCAAACUAA